AUGGCAGACACAGAUGUUGCAACUCCCGCCGACAAGAAGGCCCCCCCCAAGUUCAAGCAGAGGGCCGCUCGCACCUUCAAGAGCAAGGCCCCUAAGCCAGGCCAGAAGGGAUUCGGAGACGAUAUCCCCGGCAUGGAGGGUCUCGGCACAGACAUCACCGUGGUUUGCCCAUGGGAAGCCUUUGGCGACAUGGAGCUCAGCGACCUGGCAAAAUACGGAAUCGUGUAG